AUGCAGGUUCAGCAUACCGAGUCUGGUCUCUUCCUAUCUCAGCAACAGUACAUGAUUGAGAUACUUGAAUGGGCUGGGAUGAGUGACUGUAAGCCGUGUGCUACUCCAGUUGAUGUGAAUCCGAAGCUCCCUGCCGCUGGUGAUCCCGUAUCCAACCCCCCAGAUUUUCGCAGCCUCGCAGGAGCUCUUCAGUAUCUUACUUUCACUCGUCCAGAUAUUGCAUAUGCUGUUCAGCAAGUAUGUCUUCACAUGCAUGACCCUCGGGAGCCACAUUUGGCCGCUCUCAAGCGCAUUCUGCGCUAUGUCCGUGGCACUCUGCACCUGGGCCUUUCUUUGCGCCCCUCUUCUCAGUUCGAGCUAGUUGUGUACUCGGAUGCUGAUUGGGCUGGUUGCCAGGAUACCCGCAAGUCCACCUCAGGAUAUGCCGUUUUUCUUGGUGACAACCUCGUCUCAUGGUCCUCCAAGCGUCAGAAUACGGUCUCCCGCUCUAGUGCUGAGGCUGAGUACUGUGCUGUUGCUAAUGCAGUCGCUGAGGCCACUUGGAUCCGCCACUUGUUGUCUGAGCUGCAUUCUCCUCUGCGCAAGGCCACACUGGUUUAUUGUGACAACGUCAGCGCUAUUUACAUGUCUUCCAACCCCGUCCAGCACCAGCGCACAAAUCACGUUGAAAUUGACCUGCACUUCGUUCGUGAAUGA